AUGAGCUUCCCACCGCCCCAUCCCGGUCAAUACCCGCAGUAUGUCCAUUCGCAGUAUCCGAACGGCCAGCCUCCACCGCAGCAGGUGCUGUACAACAAUGUCAAUGUCGUUUCCUCGCCGUCGCCAUAUAAUGGCUACGCCAAACCGCCCGUAUACACCCAGGGGAUGAUGCCCUAUCCUGCAUAUCCACAAUACCAUCAACAGUCGCAGCAGUCUGCUCCACAACCACCACCCCAUUCUCUUCCGCAGCUGCAGCAAUCUCCCCUCAUUCAUCCGCAACAGCAACGGCCUCAGCAGCAAAUACCGCCCCAACAGCCUCCGCAUCCUCAGCUUCAGCAGCAGCCUUCAUUUCCUCACAUGCAGCAACAACAAUCAUUCCCCCAGCCGCAUCAAUCUCCGCGGCAACUACAACAACAAUCCCCACGCCUUCAGAUGCAGCAGCACGGUUCAUAUCCUCAGCUCGCUCAGCAAUCACCACGCCUAAAUCUACAACAACACUCGCCACGCCCUCAGGCGCAGCAGCAAUCCCCACAUCCCGGAAUAUUGCAACAGUCUUCAUACCCUCGCAUACAACAGCAGUCUCCGCAAAUCCAACGGCAGUAUCCCUCUGUUUCCAAUUCACAUGGUCAACCUCCUAUUCCUCAAAAGUCACCUGCCGAUUCGGUACAACAUAUGCAUCCCGCAAAAUCAGCUCCAGCUCCAGCUCCAGCUCCAGCUCCAGCUCCAGCCCCAGCUCCUACUCCCCCUUCCCAACAACAGGAGGGACUGCAGCAUCAAUUUAUCAACCCGGCUGAAUUAUUUGUUCAGCCACCAUUGCCAACUGCUCCAAGGUCUCGAUACAUGCCCUCUCCGCAAGUCGCCGAGUCAAACCUAAUCUCUGCACCGGCUGCCAGCGAACUACCUCCAACUCCAUCAAGUGCAUCCUCAACGCCGGCUUCUGCACCAGUACCCGCAACGAAAUCGGUCCAAAAUGUGCCUGAUGCAAGCUCACAACAGAAUAUUUCAAAUGCAGAAGACAAGGGACAACAAGUUUUCGAAGCUCAGCCACCGCAGCCGUUCACCAACUCCGAAACCGCUCAUGACGAAGUGGAGCCCCAGUCUACGCCGACGCCAAUGAAGAAUGCGAUACCACAGGUGAUGAUUCCGGCGCCAUCCCCGGAUGUCAAGAUCAAUAUGCAAAAGCAACACACCAAGAAGCAACCUCAGAAGCGAAACCCCCGCCAGCAGACGAUAGAGAAGCCAGUGAAGUCUACCAAGUCCCCGGUAGACUACCAGGUUUUGCUCCUGUCACUAGCAGAUGAGUACUUGAAUGCCGCUCAUCGUCACGGGACUAAGAUGGCCUUGGCAACUCGACAGGCUGAUGUUGAAGAAUACUACAAGCUGAUUGCUACUGGUCUUGGCUGUCUCGAGGCUGUUUUGAAGAACUGGAGGCUACAGCCUCGCAAGGAAGCUUUGGUGAGACUUCGCUAUGCACGAACACUCUUUGAGGAGACGGAAAAUGACCUCGAGGCGGAAACGGCCUUAAGUAAAGGCAUCGAUCUCUGCGAGCGCAAUCGCAUGUUAGAUUUGAAGUACAGCAUGCAGCAUCUUUUGGCGCGCAUGCUCCACAAGACAAAUCCCAAGGCCUCUCUCAAAGCGGUCGAUGGAAUGAUUCAAGAUGUAGAAGCGUAUCGACAUGCGGCUUGGGAAUAUGCGUUCCGCUUUCUACGCGUGUCGCUGUCCUUAUCAACUCCAUCCCACCAGGAUUUUGUCCAAGCCCUCCAGCAUCUCUCCAAGAUCGCAGCUAUGGCGAACCGCAAUGGUGAUAAGGCCGUAUCAGCCAUGGCAGCAGUAAUUGAGGCCCUGGCACAUCUCCAGCAAGGGACAGGCUCCGACGCUAUAGAGCAGGCACAGCGUGCUGUGGCGAUCGCGCGAAGCCAUCAGCUGAACGAUGAACUUCGUCACAUCCCCCAGCUUGUGACGCUGAUUCAAAUGGUUGAUAUUUGCUGCAGCUUGCUUGAAUACGACGUGAAUCAAGCUGCGCAAAAGUUGAAGAUAAUGCAAUCUUUGGUGGACGAAACAUUGAACGACCCAUAUUGGCGACUUGAUGGUUCAUUCUCCGUUCCGCUCAACGGGAAGUCGGCGGGACCAUCAUCAAUCGACACAGGUGAUAUUCUGCAGGUUCAAAACGGAACACUGCUUUUGAGUUUCAGCUGGCUGCCUCAGCAUGACCUCUAUGCGCUUUCGUACUUCUUGAGUUCGAUCACUCUGAGCGCCAAGAAUUCAUACGAUGGCCGAAAGGCAGAGAAGUACCUUGAUGAAGGACUUCGGAUGAUCCAAGGAGAUUUCAAAUCGCCGCAAGAAAUUCCAGAAGCGAUGGUCAAUGCAUCGCGACGUGUGGAAUGGCGUCGAUCUCUCUAUUGCAAUUUUCUUUUACAGCGAGUUUUCCUGAUCUGCUCUAGGACCGACUGGGAUCUAGCCAAUCAGUCGCUGCAAGAGCUACGGCAAUCCACUAAAGAGAUUGAUUCCAGUCUGCCGGAAUCUAUUGAAUGCCUAAUUGCAUAUGCUGCCGGUACUAUCGCCCAGGCAACUGGAGACCUGUCAUCUGCGUUGGCUAUCUUCCAAUCUCCCUUGCUAUCCUUACCUACUUCAACCAGCAAGUCCUCCCGCAAUGAUCCCUGCCGGGACACUCGCGUUCUUUCGGCGCUGAACACCGUUCUCAUUAUUCGGGAUCCCUCACAUCCUGCGCAUUCCCAUCUUCCAGCCGUUUUGGCAACACUCGAGCCCUUCUGCCAAACCAGCCCGAACAAGUACAUUCAGGCGGCCUACUUUUUGGUUUGCUCGACCGUGCAUACUGAUUCCACGAUACAGACCAAGCAGUAUCUACAACAAGCCUUGCAGUCUGCUACGGCUAUUAGCAACAGUCAGAUAACAUGUAUGACGCUCACAUUCAUGAGCUGGAAAUACUUCCGCGGCGUCGUCGGCGAGCAAGCUGAGAAGAGCGCCAGAGCCGGCCGUGCUAUGGCCAAACGGGCAAAUGAUCGUCUAUGGGCCAGCGUCACUGACGAGAUGCUCGCUGACACACUCGAGCGACAAGGCAAAGGCGAAGAGGCUCGCGGAGUACGAGAAGAGGGCCAGCGACUGGUUAUGGGCCUUCCACCAGGCUUGAAACGCCCAGCCUAA